UGCGCCCGUAGAUGUCAUUAUUGCCCAAACCUCCGAAACAAAGCCCAAAGGCUACGAGCUCCCAGCCUCCCAGGGAAGUCGGGAGAGACGAGAGAGAGAGAGAGAGAGAGAGAGAGAGAGAGAACAGGAAGCAGGGCUAGACGCGGAGCGGCGAGCAUGAGGGGCGGCGGCGGCGGGAUGAUGGACGAUGAAGAGCGGGUGGGCCACGCGGAGAUCCCGACCAGCUUCGGCCCGGAGCUGCGCGCCUGCCUCCGAUGCCGCCUCGUCAAGACCUACGACCAGUUCAGGCAGAACGGCUGCGAGAACUGCCCGUUCCUGGAGAUGGAGAGGGAGCACGACAACGUCGUCAACUGCACCACCCCUAACUUCACCGGAAUUAUCUCUCUGAUGGAUCCCAGCAGGAGUUGGGCAGCUCGUUGGUUGAGAAUUGGCAGGUUCAUUCCGGGGUGCUAUACACUUGCUGUCUCGGAGGAGCUUCCAGAAGAGUAUCAGGGGAUUUGUCAAGAGAACAAUGUUCAGUAUGUGCCGCCCAAGCGUGUCUAAGGCGAGAUGGCCAUGAUGUAUUGGUCCUGAAGCAGUAUAGACAAUUAGGUAGAAGUGCCUGUGCUUGUUGUCAAGGGUACUGCUCACCUUAUGCAUUGUAUCUGAGUGUUAAUCAGGACUAAAGUUAACCCUUCCGGAAGUCUAUUUAGGUGGUGAACUGGUGAUGGUUGAAUCUACGAAAUAAUCAUGAUGCCCGUGCUUGAAAUCUGUGACCAAGCAGCUCAUGUGCUUCUGUCAUGUUCUUUCGCAUCUAUGUUUAUAAGAAGGAAAUGGUUUAAAUAUCAUACCUA